CAUAAAGCUAUAUAUUGAGCAGCCACGGAGAUAUUGGGCUGACAGAAUGAAAGCCCAGCUGCAGGCUCUUGUUUCCCACGCCCACCACAGCGCCGCAGCCUUCAUCGCCUUCCACAACAUGGCGCGCAUGGAAGUCGGGGUCGGUCCCUUGCAGUGGAACACAACCCUACAGGCAUACGCUAAGAAGUACGCUCGGCAUCAGAGAUCCAUGGGCUGCAAGAUGAUCCACUCCAAUGGCCCUUACGGAGAGAACCUUUUCUGGGGCUACGGCUUCGGCUUCAUGGAUGCGGUGGCUGCCGUGAAAGCGUGGGUUGACGAGAAGGCAUUUUACGAUUACGGGACCAAUGACUGCUUGAUGGGAAACCAAUGUCUGCAUUACACGCAGGUGGUGUGGAAGGAUACUACUCAGUUAGGCUGUGCUCGAUCCUUUUGUUCUAAUGGAGGAGUCUUCAUCACCUGUAAUUAUUAUCCUCCUGGGAAUUAUCUUGGAGAGAGGCCUUAUUGAUCAUUAUAAUUAAUGAAAUUAAGGCCUUAAUAUUAGAAAAACUAUUUAUAUAUAUUAUCAAGCAUUCUGGUUUUGGGAAAUGUAGAUUCAUCUAAU